AUGUCUGACGAUGUGGGCAGUGAGACGAAUAGCCAACCUGACUACUACAAGGUCCUCGGCAUAUCCCGAGAUGCUGACGCCGAUGCGAUUCGAAAGGCUUACAAAAAGCUGGCGCUGAAGUGGCAUCCAGACAAGAAUGACGGAGAUGCCGCAGCCGCUGAAAAGUUCAAGGAGCUGGCAGAAGCAUUCACGGUCUUGAGUGAUGCAGAGCAGCGGAAGAGCUAUGACCAGGAGCUUCUGGGCCAGAGUGGUCUGCGACGCCGGCAGCCGAGGUCGAAGACCAUGGAGGCAGCCAUUGCCAAAACCAUGCGGGAAGCUCGCGAGAAGCAUCUUGGUCAGAUAUCGAGCUGUCCAUGCUGA